UUUUUUCGCGUGUUCGAACAGUGUGGAAUUUAGUUUCGUGAAUGGAACAAUAGAUAUUCAGUGAAAAUGAUGAGCAUGACGCUUGACGCGGCGCUGCUUUCAGUGGAACAGCGCCGCCCGUCUUUCUUGGAUACCAGCGACGUCAGCGGCGGGGCUUCAGUGGGUCGAAAUGCCUCCUCUGCUGCAAAACACUACGCUCAACUCAGCAAAUUCCGGGACCCUUGCACCAUCGAAAAGCUUCCCGACAAGGUCCUGAUGCACAUUUUCUCCUAUUUGCCGCAUAGAGAAAUCUGCAGGAAUGCGAGGGUUUGCAAGAAAUGGCGAAUGAUUGCUUACGAUUCUCGACUAUGGAAAUCUGUGUCUCUACGACCUGAAAUAUCUGGGUUGCAAGUCACCAGCUUGGAGAACCUCUUGGCACUUCUCAGGCAAUAUAUUGUUAGAUUCGGGCCUUCAUUGCAAUACAUUGAGCUGCCUAUUGAGUUGAUCACGCACACGGUCUUGCAUGAAUUGGCCAACAAAUGUCCGAAUUUGACCAGCAUGUUGAUGGAUUUUUCAACUGCCAUGCAACUUCAUGACUUCAAUGAGCUACAGGCAUUCCCUGCGAAGCUAAAUUCUCUCUGCAUCUGUUUGUCCGGGGUCAUCUUCAUGGAAGGUUUCAUGCGCAAAAUUUACAACUUCAUAAACGGCCUGGAAGUUCUCCACUUGAUCGGUACCUAUGAACGAGUGGAAGAAGAGGAAGAAGAGAUUUACGAAGUCGUCAACAUCCACAAGCUCAAGUCGGCCACACCCAACCUGGUGGUAGUGAAUCUGUACGGAAUCAAUUUCCUCGACGAUGGACACGUGGAAGCCUUCAGCUCAAACUGUAUCCAACUGGAAUGCAUGUCAGCUCCGUAUUGCGGCAAGGUCACUGGGUCUUGCCUGAAAACCCUGCUGAAUCGGUGCAAGCGUCUGCAAUGUCUCAUCCUCACGCAAACGAGUCUGAAGAGCGAAUACGUGAUGAACGUGGAAUGGGACAAAACUCAACUGCAGGAACUCGACAUAACGGCGACUGACCUAAGCCAGGAGUGUCUCAUAGAAAUACUCACCAAACUGAAGCAAUUGCGGUACUUGUCAGCUGGACAGCAGGACAGUUUCAACGACAAAGUUCUGGCGAGGUUUCUAGAACAAGGCAGCCCUGGGAAACUCGUGGCAUUGGAUUUGGACCGAUGCGACAACUUGUCCAAUGAAGGGCUUCAGGCUCUUUUGGGCAAAUAUGGGUCUAACCUCCUGGGACUAAUUUUAUCUGGGAUCCCAACCAUCACUGAUCAAUUGCUCAUUUCCGUGAUGCCGCAGCUGAGGAACUUGAGGAUCCUAGGGGUGGGAACUGCUGAAGGCUGCUGUCCAAAGGUGCAUACCAAGGUUCUGGUGGACCAAUUGGUUGAAGCAAUCGCAAACAAUUGUCAUAAAUUGGAAAGAGUUGAAAUUCGGUGGGACGGAGACACUUUGAGGCACUCUGACAAAUCCCAAAAGGCCAUUGAUCAUUUGCGGACGAAAGCUUUGCGACUCAAAAGUUUGGUACUGAGUGAAGGGAAAUACUUCGAGAACGUGAAGGCGAACUUCGAAAGAGCAGAUAGACCAACAGUGGUUCGCUCAAAC